AUGUCUUCCAACGACUUCCCGUCCUCGUUACACCAUGAGUACCCGCCAAGAGCGGAUCUGCGCCAGAUGAUGGCUCAGCAGCCAAUUCCUACGAUCCCUCCCGGCACGAUAGAUCCAGAUUCCAUGGCUGGCGAUGAGCCGGUGAAGCAGGCGCGCGCUGUUUUGGACCGCCUGAACGCUGCACUGGCGGACGACGAUCCCAUCGCCCUCGAGAGUUGUUUCUUUGCCGGUCAGGCAUAUUGGAAGGAUCAGCUGGCGCUCACCUACCACCUACGCACGUUCAGCGGCCCUAACGUAAUUGCGGCCAGCUUACUAGAAACGAAGAGCUUGAGGGAAGUUGAAGAGGGAAUUGCUAUCGAUGGAGGCGCUGUCUUCCUCCCAGCCACGCCGACGCUUCAAUUCAUCGACUGUGGGAUCAUUUUCCGAACUCGAUCACCUGGCGCGACGUGCAAAGGGAAGGUGGUUCUACUUCCUGUCAAAGCCCGUCAUGAGACAAUUGAGUGGAAAAUUUGGGUGCUAAGUACCUUCCUCGAGAGUUUGGACUUGCAGAAAGAGGACGAGGCAUUGCUCCACUCUCCUGGAAGGCAGCUGGCUGGCCUUCCAAUAUUUGACACAGAUGUCUUUAUUAUUGGAGGCGGAAACGCCGCUGUCACUGUGGCGGCACGUCUCAAAGCAUUAGGUGUAGAGAGCGUCAUGGCCGAGCGUAAUCCCCGACCUGGCGAUAACUGGGCUCUUCGCUAUGAUUGCAUGCGGUUCCACAUUCCAACAUCAUUCUGUGACUUGCCCUACAUGUCUUAUGAGGAGGAACUUCGAGCUCCACACCUCCUGACUAGAGAUGAGCUGGCUUCGCAGGUCCAGCGCUAUGUCGAAGCCUUUAAUCUAAACAUCAUCACCUCCGCGCAGAUCCUGUCAACCAGAUAUGACCCAUCGGCCAAGCUUUGGGAGGUCCAGCUCAAGACCCCUGCCGGCCAACACACAGCCCACUCUAAACAUCUCGUGCUUGCGACCGGCAUCUCGUCGCAGGAGCCCUAUCUGCCAAAGGUGGCGGACGAUAAUCUAUACCAAGGAACCACUCUCCAUUCGGCUCAGUAUCGGAAUGCAAAGCAGUUAGCAGAGACGGGUGCCAAGUCUGUUCUAGUAAUUGGAUCUGCCAACACUGCUUUCGACGUUCUGGAAGACUGCCAUGCCGCCGGUCUCCGGACAACAAUGGUCGUUCGAUCACCAACUUACAUUGUCCCAGUCGACUAUCUCUGCGACAAGCACAGUCUCGGCGCAUAUGAUAUGGGUGUCGAGAUAGCGGAUCGACUUUUCCUGACACUACCGUCGUAUGUAGACGCCCAGCUCGCUCGCGGCAUAAUGACGCAGUUCGCAACGCAGGAACCGCAUCGCUACGACGCUCUCGCAGCCGCCGGCUUCCCGGUUAUUGACAGUCGCAACCCGGACAUGGCAUUGAUGCAUAACUUGCUGGAGCGAGCGGGUGGGCACUACGUGGAUGUAGGUGGUACCAAGCUGCUAGCGGACGGUAGAGCGAGUGUGAAAGCCGGAGUCGAGCCCAUCGCCUACACACCGACUGGACUACGAUUCUCGGACGGGAGCUCCGCCGAUGCCGAUGCAGUGGUGUGGUGCACAGGAUUUGCCGACAAGAACGUGCGCGACACUGCCAUCCGAAUCUUGGGUGGACACUCGUCCAGUAAUGAGACCGAUAAUGAACCUACGCACAUGCUUGGCCCUCAUGAAAUCGCUGAUCGUCUUGACGGGACGUGGGGUAUUGAUGCCGAGGGCGAGAUACGUGGAUUGUGGAGGCGUCAAUCGCGCCUUGACAAUCUCUGGGUCGCGGGUGGCUAUACGCAACAGCACCGGUGGCACUCGCGGACAAUAGCCCUGCAGAUCAAGGCGUCAUUGGAAGGUGUACUGCCUCCAGCAUAUAGGGACACGCCAAAUCCUGUGCGAGAAAGUGCUCAUAAAUGUACUCUCCUGUAG